UUCUCAGUAUCGUCAACAACAAGUUUACAAAUAGAUCUUAUUUCAACAUCUAUUAUUUGUAAAAAGGAAAAAUAGUUGUUCUUUUUUGAUGGAGUUUGCUGGAAAAUUUCUGAAGCCCGUCUGGCGGCCAAUGAUGCAAGUAUCUCGACUCUAUUGCGAGAAGCCGAUGAGGAGUCUAGUUGCUUUUCCCGUUGCCAAAGUGGAAAGUGGAAAGUCCAAGUACAUGAUGGCCCACGUGUAUAUUCAUGGGGAAAUGGGCAGUGCCAAGCAGGUGAUUCGCAGUCAUUCUAAGGCUAAGUACCAUCUUGAUGUGUACGAUGAGUUGAAAAAGGAGGCAGAGGCGAUGGGCUUGUGCACCCAGGGUCUGGGUGGUGGCUACUUGGUCCACGACAGGGAAAAGAAGUACAUCAAGCUCUAUGGAAGGUCCCAGGCUCUGGGAAAGGCCGACCACGAGGCUGCCCGUGAACUACUGCAACCCCUCUACAACGAUCACAAGAUUGAUGCUGAAUCUGGUGGUAUGGAACCCUAGAGAAAUUUUAAUCCGCAUUUCGGUUUCGACGGUCACUGACCACAUUUUCCUUCUUUUUUUACAAAUUUUGGUUUUGGGGCAAGUGAACAGUAUUCAUUAAUUAAAAUUUAAUUUCACAAGA